AUUCACUGCCGUCCUGCACUUUCAGUUUCCAGCAUGACGGAAAUCAUGUUGCGACUCAGCGUACCAUUCCUUUUUCUUGUAGCAGGCGUUGUUUGCAUCCCAGAACAAGGGAAAUGGGUCGUCCCGUUUGAUCAGGACCAUACAAUAUUUGGAGUUAUGAAGAGUAUGUACAAGGGAACAGAUGUUGCUGUGAAAGUCAGCUGUAAAACUGAAGAAGAAGGUGAUUUAGAGAUACGCUGGCUGUUGAGGUAUUCACCAUGCUCAGAAGAAUACAUCGGACUGGAGUCCAAUCCAACAUUACAAAGCCAUUAUUUGGAGCUUCCACAUAUGCAGAUGAUCAAAGAAUUUAAGAAUAAAUACACAUCAUUUGAAUUCUUUUAUGGCCAAAAUGUUACCAGCUGUAAAGAUGGAGUUAUUUUGUUACCAGAUUUAAGGAAGAGCAAACCAACAAUAGUUGAUCGUACUCCCAAAGUACAAGCAGCAAAUAGUUCUGCACAGACAGACACUAGUGGGACCUCAGAUGAGAAAUCAGGUAAAACACCUUCCCCUCAGCAAAAGAGUUCUGAUACUGAGAAAACAAAAACUGUUACCACCCCCAAACCGGGCAAUAAAGCCAAACCUCCAUCUUCAACACUAGUUUCCACAACAGCUAAGCCUGCCGCUAGGAAGAGAAGGGAAGCAACCAAGAAAGCCUCUACUGCUAAAAAGGUUAAAACAUCUGGGGUUACAACACUGCAAGCAGGAGAAAAGGUGGACAGACAUUUCUAUCUCACUGCCUGGAAGGAUGGCGUUUAUGCCUACAUCCUCUCCAUUAAAAGGAAAGAUCCAGACAGCUUAGACUCGGAGGAUAAACCUUCACCAGAGCCACUAAAGCCAUUCCAAGUUGAUGUGACUAUUGAAAUGAUUGGAGACCAUGAGUACAUCUCUGCUCAGGACUGGCCUUUAUUGAUUUUCUACGGUGUGAUGGGUCUGGUAUACAUCACAUAUGGCAUCGCCUGGCUGGUCAUGUUGGCUUGUAGCUGGAGAGACCUUCUCAGGGUACAGUUCUGGAUAGGAGCAGUCAUCGCACUUGGUAUGCUGGAAAAAGCUGUGUUCUAUGCAGAGUUCCAAAGUAUUUCCAGCACUGGACAAUCAGUGAGAGGGGCUGUUAUAUUUGCUGAGUUUGUAUCCUGUAUGAAGAGGACCUUGGCAAGAAUCCUGGUGAUCAUUGUCAGUCUGGGAUUCGGCAUUGUCAAACCUAGACUGGGCCCUACAUUCCGUAAGGUGAUAGGUGUUGGAGCUCUCUACUUCUUUGUCAGCUUGAUCGAGGGCUGUAUGAGACAGCUACAGACCAAGGGAGACAACUCUAAAGACAUCCUGGCAGCACAGAUUCCACUGGCUAUUAUCGAUGCCUCAAUCUGCUGGUGGAUCUUUGCGAGUUUGAUCCAAACUACAAGAACUCUCAGGUUGCGGAGGAACAUAGUUAAACUGUCUCUUUACAGACAUUUUACAAACUUACUUAUUUUCGCUGUUCUAGCUUCUGUGGUGUAUAUGAUCUGGUCGCUGUCAUCACACAAGUUAAAAGUCUGUAUAACAGAUUGGCGAGAGUUGUGGGUAGAUGAGGCAUUCUGGCACUUGUUGUUUUCUGUUAUGCUAUUAGUCAUCAUGGUGCUAUGGCGACCGUCCAUCAACAAUCAGAGGUAUGCGUUCUCACCAUUAUUGGAUGCUGCCGAUGAGGAGGACGAUGAAUCCCUGAUGAACGAUGCCUUUGAUGGUAUGAAGAUGAGGGGUGUGAAGAGUCCUGUGAAUGGAUCACCGAAACAGAGAGACGGCAGGGCCUCUAUUGAGGAUGAUCUGAAGUGGGUGGAAGAAAACAUUCCUACAUCCAUCACAGACAAGGCACUGCCGAGUCUGCUGGAUGACUCAGAAGAAGAAAUGAUGACAGCAAAAUAUGAAGUGAACAAGAUGCAAUAGUGAGAACGAUGUAGCUGUGUGUAGUCUUAGCCAACUGUGUUUUGUGAUAUUGUGAUAUACAUUUCUGGUGAAUCUAAUCUCAAGUUCACAAGUGAUGUGUGGCCUGAGAAUCUUACACCUAAAUUAACCACAAGUAACUGCUUAGUGUCAACUUAAGUAUGAUAGCAUUGGGUCAAGUUGGCUGAAUUCAGAUUAUCUGUCUGCUGUAGUCUAAUUGGCUUCUGUUGAUUGUUGUUUCAAAAUAAUGACAGUAUUACUAAGAAAUCCUUUGUAACAUUAUGAUGAUUAAAAUAGUGUAACAUGUAUUUUGGAAUACCUGCAGCAUCAAACCACUUAUAGUUACAACACACCAUUGUCAGAUAUAUUUCUGAAUAACUUUUUAAAAAUCUUAAGCAUUUCAUGAAGUGUUAUCUGAGGGCUUAUAUCACCUUUUUAAAAUUCUUUUCUUUAUUAAGCCAGAAAGCUAGAUAUAUAUUACAAUUAACGUGAUAAUUUGCUAUUUUCUUUUUUCAUUGAACUGUAAAUACAGUAUGAUAUGAUGACAUGCGUAUCAAAUCCCAAUGUUGUACAAAGCAUGACAGUGUGUAAGCUGAAUGUAGCUGACUUGUACCUAUCUCUAAAUUAGCAGGGUGAAUGUCAAUAUAGUAAGUUCAAGAUGAAUUUAACUGUGUCAAUGUGAAGUAAUUGACCUCCUCACUUGACAUUUUAAAAGUAAAAAAUCUUUUGUUAUGUACAAUAGGAACCUGACUAAUUGUUAAACUUAUCAUUUUUGACUUGAGGUUUAGUUUUGCCUUCAGUUUUUUACCCAUGGUUCCUCCAAUUUUAAAUAUCUUUAUAGAAGUCUGUUUGAACUGUAGAAUCAUAAGUUGUCAGUAAAGCCAGGUGUCAGUUAAACAAGAUGUCAUUAAAGUCAUGUGUGUGUUAAACAAGAUGUCAUUAAAGUCAGGUGUGUGUUAAACAAGAUGUCAUUAAAGUCAGGUGUCAGUUAAACAAGAUGUCAUUAAAGUCAGGUGUCAGUUAAACAAGAUGUCA